GGGGCAAACUGUCCAAUCAGGUGCGCCGAGAGGAGGGGCAACUUCCAAAGCCGGAAGCGGUCAGUUUUCGCGCGGGUCCGGGUUUUAGUUUCUCGGUGAGGCCCCUGGUGCACCGGGUACCGCAGAUUCUGUCCUGUGGGACCUGCUCUGGCUGCUCCAGCCCCAGGGAGGACCCAGGAAACCCGGAAGCCGGAAAUGGACUCAGUGGCCUUUGAGGAUGUGGCUGUGAACUUCACCCAGGAGGAGUGGGCUUUGCUGAGUCCUUCCCAGAAGAAUCUCUACAGAGAUGUGAUGCUGGAAGCCUUCAGGAACCUGGCCUCUGUCGGAAUCCAAUGGAAAGACCAGGACACUGAGAAUCUGUACCAAAAUCUGGGGAUUAAGCUAAGAAGUCUGGUGGAGAGACUCUGUGGACGUAAAGAAGGGAGUGAACACAGAGAAACCUUCAGGCAGAUUCCUGAUUGUCACCUGAACAAGAAAGUCAUACUGGAGUGA